CUCUCAGCCCUACCCUUCAGCCUCUCACGCUUUCUUCAGCCUUCUCCUCUUUAGGAACCAUGUCUAGCAAAUCUACCAUGAGGAGCCAAAGCAUCAGCCACCGUGGCUUCAGCGCCAGCUCAGCCAGAGUCCCAGGGGUCUGCCGCUCUGGCUUCAGCAGUGUCUCCGUGUCCCGCUCCAGGGGCAGUGGUGGCUUCGGUGGAGCAUGUGGAGGAGCCGGCUUUGGCAGCAGGAGCCUCUAUGGCCUGGGUGGCUCCAAGAGGAUCUCCAUCGGAGGGGGCAGCUGUGCCAUCAGUGGUGGAUAUGGUGGCAGAGUUGGAGGUGGCUUUGGCUAUGGAGGUGGAGCUGCAAGUGGAUUUGGUUUUGGUGGUGCAGCUGGUGGUGGCUUUGGGCUCGGUGGUGGACCUGGCUUUGCUGGUGGCUAUGGGGGCUCUGGCUUCCCUGUGUGCCCUCCUGGAGGUAUCCAAGAGGUCACUGUCAACCAGAAUCUCCUCACUCCUCUGAACCUGCAAAUCGACCCCACCAUCCAGAGGGUGAGGACUGAGGAGCGGGAGCAGAUCAAGACCCUCAACAACAAGUUUGCCUCCUUCAUUGACAAGGUGCGGUUCUUGGAGCAACAGAACAAGGUCCUGGACACCAAGUGGACUCUGCUCCAGGAGCAGGGCACCAAGACCGUGAGGCAGAACCUGGAGCCCUUGUUUGAACAGUACAUCAACAACCUCAGGAGACAGCUGGACAGCAUCCUGGGGGAGAGGGGCCGCCUGGACUCAGAGCUGAGGAACAUGCAGGACACAGUGGAGGACUUCAAGAACAAAUAUGAAGAUGAAAUCAACAAGCGCACAGCAGCAGAGAAUGAAUUUGUGACUCUGAAGAAGGAUGUGGAUGCUGCCUACAUGAAUAAGGUUGAACUGCAAGCCAAGGUAGAUGCUCUCACAGAUGAGAUCAACUUCACCAGAGCCCUGUAUGACGCAGAACUGUCUCAGAUGCAAACCCACGUCUCAGACACUUCUGUGGUCCUGUCCAUGGACAACAACCGUAACCUGGACCUGGACAGCAUCAUCGCUGAAGUCAAAGCCCAAUAUGAGGAGAUUGCUCAGAGGAGUCGGGCUGAGGCUGAGUCCUGGUACCAGAGCAAGUAUGAGGAGCUGCAGCUCACAGCAGGCAGACACGGGGAUGACCUGCGCAACACCAAGCAGGAGAUUGCUGAGAUCAACCGCAUGAUCCAGAGGCUGAGAUCCGAGAUCGACCAUGUCAAGAAGCAGUGUGCCAACCUGCAGUCCGCCAUUGCUGAUGCUGAGCAGCGUGGGGAGAUGGCCCUCAAGGAUGCCAAGAACAAGCUGGCUGAUCUGGAGGAUGCCCUGCAGAAGGCCAAGCAGGACAUGGCCAGGUUGCUGAAGGAGUACCAGGAGCUGAUGAAUGUUAAACUGGCCCUGGAUGUGGAGAUCGCCACCUACAGGAAGCUGCUGGAGGGCGAGGAGUGCAGGCUGAGUGGUGAAGGAGUUGGACAAGUCAACAUCUCUGUGGUGCAGUCCACUGUGUCUGGCGGCUAUGGCAGUGCUGGUGGCUAUGGCAGUGCCAGCGGUAUGGGCGGUGGCUCAGGCCUGGGCGGAGGCAGCGGCCACUCCUAUGGCAGCGGCCACAGCCUUGGAGCUGGCUUCAGUUCCAGCAGUGGCAGAGGCAUGGGGGGUGGCUUCAGCUCCUCUGGAGGCAGCAGUUCCACCAUCAAGUACACCACCACCACCUCAUCCUCCAGCAGGAAGAGCUACAAGCACUAA